UCAAAGCUCAGUUGCUCUGAGUCAACCAAAGCUGAAACAUUGACCGAGGAUGAGGUGCAUUCACGGAGCUCUUCUUUUGAGCCUGCUGGCCACCGCUUGGGCCUUCGCUGAUGAGGCCAUCUUCGAGGAGGAGGACAUAUACAAUCAGGCCCUGCCACCAGUGCCGCAUACGGGAAUCACAGUGCCCGGAACAAAGUGGUGCGGUCCAGGAAACACUGCCUCAAACUUUGAGGAUCUGGGCAGGGAACGGGAGACGGACAAGUGCUGCCGGGCUCAUGAUCAUUGCGAUGAAAUAAUAGAAUCUCAUAAUGCCCUCCACGGGUUGCCCACCAAUACAGAUUGGUUCCCCAUCUUGAAGUGUACCUGCGAGCAAGAGUUCAUCAACUGCCUGCAGGCGGUUAACACCGUGACCUCCAAUACGUUGGGCCGCAUCUACUACGGAACCAGGAGCAAGUGCUUCGCUAUGGGCUAUCCCACCAAUGGAUGCAAGCAGUACCAGGCGGGAACAAUCCGCACCCGCUGCAUCCUGUAUCAUGUGGAGAAGUCAAAGCCCAAAAUCUGGCAGUUCUACGACAUGCCCUUCUAUUCGCUCCACAAGACAAAGGCGUGACCCGAAAAUGAAGAUUUGUAGCUCUCUUUGAAUUCUUAUCUACCUUAGAACUUUUUACUGAAAUAUUUUAGAAUAAACAGUUCGUUAUCAUAGAAACAA